AUGACAACUAUCAAUACAGAAGCUCUUCGCUUAUUUGAAUCAUUAAACAGAAAGCAAUAUGAACUCGAAACCAAAGUGACAGCGUUGAAAAACAUUACUGAUUCUGCUACGCAUCAAGAAUAUACCGCCGAUUUACGGAAUGGCGUAAAGGAGCUGGCUAGGAAAAUUGAGGAUCUGAAGCAACUUGCUGACGAACAAGAAAAAGCUAAAGACCGUGACGCUAUAUUACAACGAUUACGAAGAAAUGAAGACCAUCAUAGAACUCUUCAAGUUUCAAUCCGACGAGCAACUGUAGCGUCAAAGCAGAAUAUAGAUAAAUUGGCAAGAUCAGAGUUAUUAGAACUUGCCGAGGGGAAAAAAAGUGAUAUCGAAUUGAGAAGAAGGAAUCCAAAUUCAGAAGAUGCCAUUCUUCAUGCCGCGAAUGACGUGACAGAGUCGCUGCGUCGAACAACACAGCUAAUGCGACAAGAGAUCGAGCGAAGCGCCUAUUCUGCAAAAGUACUUGACGACUCUUCGCGAACACUAAAAACCGCCUACUCUGAAUAUCGCAGCUUUUCAUCUUUGGUUAGAGGCUCGAAACAGUUGAUUACCAAAUUGGAACAGAGUGACUGGACGGAUAGGUUACUGAUUAUAUUCGGAUUGUUAGUAUUCGUACUGGUGGUUUUGGUGAUAUUAAAGAAGAGAGUAUGGGAUACGGGAAUUAGUUGGGUUGAUCCUGCCGCGGUGCAUAGCGUUGAAUUAAUUAAGCAUAUAAAGAGAAUCAUUCGGUCUUUGAGAAGUAUUGGUGGGGUAGCUGGUGAACAGGACGAAGUAUUCUCUGCCACUUCUGAUGAAGAAGGCCCAUCCACUUCAGCUGGUCCGAGGCAGAGACGUAGAAAGAGGCAAGUUACGAUCUGGUGGUCAUCGACAUUGGCGGAUCGCGGAGAAGAAAAUCUUCAAUUAGCGACUUUAGUAUAG